AUGAGUAGUAGUUUAAGUAGCAGUAGCAGCAGUAGCAAUGAAAGCAUCCCUGACCAUACAACUACACUUCAGCAUCUGCAUCGAUUGAACCUGAAUGAUGGUCUUACCACUGGCACUAGUCUUGUCAUUCGACCCACACAAGUCUAUUCCUCACGCUCACAACCCUUACAGACACCUAAAUCACCUACUAAAAACCACCGUGAAGUCCUGUCGCAUAUGAUUGUCGAACGUCCCUUCUUAAACCGACCUCCUCCUCGACGCCAUGUCAAAUACGAUGAGGCAGCCAUCUACCAUUACAAAGAACAAUCAGACACACGCUAUAUCAAUUGGAAACGACUCUAUCGUAACCGCAGCAUGAUUGAUCAACGAUGGCUGGAAGGCAAAUACCGAACACGCCAAUUCCCCUCGUCACAUCAUCUCAACGAUCUGAUGUUGAUGGAAGAUGCUCAACACAACAGCGGUAUUUACUGUCUCCAGUUUGAUGCUGAGUUAUUGGUCACUGGCAGUCGAGAUAGAAACCUCAAGAUGUGGGAUAUUCGAACAGGUCGUCUCAGACAUACCCUAGAGGGUCAUACAGGCAGUGUGCUCUGUCUUCAGUUUGAUGAUCGCCAUUUGAUCAGUGGCAGUAGUGAUGGCACUCUUGUGUUAUGGGAUAUUCAUACAGGCAGCAAAAUUAAGACACUUGUAGGUCAUGGUGAAAGUGUCUUGAAUGUCAAGUUGUUGGGCAAUGCAGUCGUCAGUUGCUCAAAAGAUAGAACUGUCCGUACUUGGGACUUGACAAAGGGAACAACGACUAGGGUGUUUCGUGGUCAUCGGGCUGCUGUAAAUGCUGUCCAAUUCAAGGGAGAUCGUGUGGUAUCUGCUUCUGGUGAUCGCACCAUCAAGAUAUGGGAUAUGCAUACGGGCGAAUGUCUACGUACAUUAGAUUCUCAUAGUAGAGGUAUUGCCUGUGUUGAAUAUGAUGGUCAAUACAUUGUGAGUGGCUCUAGUGAUCAGUCUAUCAAAGUAUGGAAUGCUGCUACUGGUGAAUGUUUGCAUACACUCCUGGGUCAUACUGAUCUUGUGCGUACACUUCAACUGGACUCUAAAUCAAAGACGAUUGUCAGCGGUAGUUAUGAUGGUAGUCUCAAGAUAUGGGGAUUAGAAGAUGGUAAAUUGCAAAGAACCUUAAAUCAAUCCUCGCAUGGAAGGUAA